AUGGGUGUGGAACACGCCAAAGACAUGGCCAUGCCCGAGUUUCAGGCCUCACAGCUCUUCCCUGGACUUGUGGCGAUUCCGAUUGGCAGCAGCCUUUCCUCUAGCAAGAAGUGCGUGCGCGAUCCUGGCCAUGUCACUUGUGACAACGAAGCGUCCGUGAAGGGGCGACAUGACAAGUAUCCAGACAAGUUUGAGAUCUCCCACGAAAAAGGCAAGAUCUGCGCGACCCGCGUCGACUAUGACAAGCCGUGGGGGCUGGAUUUGGUUUUGCACUGCCUGCCCGCGAAGGGGAAGAUAGCGGACAUCGUGAGCGAUCACGAUUUCGUAUACGAGGUCCAUGACUUGCACGGCGGGGGCAAGUCCGUGGAAGAGGCUUUGAAGGCGCUUGCGGGUGGCGCUGGCAGCGCUGGAGGCAGCGUCGGCAGGAUGCAGAUCGAGAUCGGAAGCAGCCCCGACUCCUCCACGAAAUGCGUCCCAAGUCCCGGCGGCGUGACAUGCGAUGACGAAGCAUCGCAAAUCGCCCGCGACGGGAAGUGGCCAGACACGUUCCACGUCUACCACCAUGGGGAUCAGAUCUGUGCACAUCGUACAGACUACGACAAACCAUGGGGGCUCCACUUGGUGCUUCACUGCCACCAUCAUGGACACGCAGCGCAUGCGGGAUUCUCAGAGAGCCACAGCUUCGGAGGAUCUCACGAAUUUUCGGGAGGGCAGGCUUGGCACUCGGAGAGCCACUCGGAGAUGUCCUUCGGAGGAUCUCUCGGAGCAUCCCACGGCCACGGCUCUGCGUAUUCCAUGAUCAUCGGCAGCAGCCUGCAAUCGGACUUGAAGUGCGUGUGGCCACCUGGAAAGCUCGAUUGCCCCAAGGAGGCUGCACAGGCAGACGGUCCCGAAGAUCCUGAAGACAAGUUCAAGAUCUACGAGGAUGACCUGGGGAAGAUCUGUGCCAAACGGACGGAUGCGGCCUCGCCCUGGGGAGUUCACUUGGUGGUCUCCUGCACGAAGGUUGGCCAUUGGGAGACGCCAACACACAAGGGCUCGUCGCGAUUCGUUGGCAUGGUGGAGGUUGUGGUUGGCAGCAGCAUGCAUUCCUCAACCAAGUGUGUGGAUGAUCCGGGUGAUAUCUACUGCGAUGAUGAGGCUUCCCAGAGAGGGAGGCCGGGUGAAUUUCCGGACACGUUCCACAUCUACCACGAGAACGGAAAGAUAUGCGCUCAUAGGACGGACCACAAUGAUCCUUGGGGUAUGCACCUGGUCCUACACUGCUUCCACAAGGAGAUGCCGAAGCCCAAGCCGGAGGAACCAUUCGAUUGCUAUGCCGACCUGCCAAAUGCCUGGGAGUCCGCCAAGGUCCAGUACUGCUGUGCUAACAAGAAGCUGGGCUGCGACAUGUUGCCGGACGACACGGACUGUCACGGUUCCGAGACUGACUGGGAGACUUGCCCAAGUCCGGAGGAGUGUGACACGUGCGAGCCUGUCGAUUGCGUGUUCGCAGAGUGGACCUCCUGGAAGGUCUCUCCCGGUCAGGAGUGCAGCGGAUUGCGCUACCGUCGUCGGGCCUUUGCCCGUCAGAACAACCAUUGCGGCAAGCCGUGCCACGGCAUGACAGUCGACUCCCAGGCAUACAUGCCGCCGGAGUGCAAAGGAGACGUGACCGUCGAUUGCAAAUUCUCGGACUGGACACUCUGGGUAGGAGACUGCACAGACCCGACUGGGCAGCAAAAGCGAUCGCGGGAGUUGCUCCACGAUGCCAACAGCCUGCGUCGGCGCCAGUGUGACGGCGCACUAAACCAGACGAAGGCGUGCAACGCGAAAGCAGUAGACUGCAAGUUCACCGAAUGGCACGAGUGGUCCGAGUGCAGCGCCAAAUGUGGCGUAGGAAGAAGGCAGCGCAUGCGAGACAUCGACGAGGAGAGUUUCGGCGGACUGCCUUGCGACGUCGGUAUCACUCUUUACACCGAGGAGUGCGAGAUCGAGCCAUGCGGCGAUCGGAACUGCGAACUGAGCUUCUGGACGGAAUGGUCCGGGUGCGUUGGUGCUGACAGGCAACAGUACCGAAGUCGGCGGAUCCUGGAGGCACCCCGUGGAGAGGGACAGGCCUGCGACCCGGAGCUGCUCCAGACGCAGGGCUGCCCACCCGUGCUGGAGCGGCCCUUGGCGUACCUGCUGAGUGACUGGGGUGCUUGGCAGCCUUGCACGAGGAGCUGUGGUGGGGGCCAGACGUUCCGACAGCGUGCAGCUUUGGGGCUUGCACGCUUUGACGCCGAGGAGAAGGCCAACUAUCCUCUGAAGGAGACGAAAGAUUGCAACUCCGAUCGAUGCGCCGACCAGUACUCCAACGAGGACUGCUUACUCUCUGACUGGGAAGAGUGGUCUGACUGCUCCACGAAUUGUGGCGAUGGCUCCAAGACCCGACACCGCAAAAUCUUGCGACUCGCAGGCCCUGGCGGAAAGGGCUGUGAAGCAACGAUGAUGGAGUCAGACAUCUGCAAUGAGGGCGACUGCGUGAAGCAGGACUGCCAGUGGGGCGACUGGGCCGCCUGGUCUGCCUGCCCUUGCUCCUGUGGCGGUGGCAUCGCCACCAGGCAUCGGUACGUGUUCGUGGCCCCACGCAACGGAGGCCUGGAGUGUGAUCCGAGGGAAAAGGAGGAGGUGGAGGCGUGCAACACGCAGCCGUGCCAGUCAGAAUGUCGGGACGGCACGUGGGGAGAGUGGAUGGAGUGGACAUCCUGCUCAGCGACAUGCUCUGGCAGCUACAAAUCCCGGCGCAGAGACGUUCUCAUUCCUCCCAACCACUGCGGCCAGCCUCCCACUGGGCUGCAGGAGGAGUUCGAAGCGUGCGAGCACCUGCCAGAGUGCCCCGAUGCAGCUGCUGUUCUGGAUUGUGCAGUCUCCGACUGGGGAUUGUGGUCUGACUGCAGCUGCAGCUGUGAUGGCGUGCGGGAGCGGAAUCGCUUUGUGUCGGUCUUCGCAAAGAACGGAGGAAAGCCGUGCCAGGAGGAGCUACGAGAAAUCGAGGCUUGCAAUCCAACGGUAGACGAGGAGGAGCCUUCGGACUGUCCCGGCAAGAAGGUUGUCGAGCCAGUGGACUGUGUCCUGGCAGAGUGGAGAGACUGGACUCCCUGCUCUGUAACAUGUGGAGGUGGACAGCAUUCGCGCCACAGGAGCAUCUUUGUGAAGCCCAAAGGUGGGGGCGAAACCUGCAGAGGUGCGCUCGAGGUUACAGAGCCCUGCUACAUGCCACAGUGCUUUGGCCGCGACUAUGCGGACUGCCAGCUUGGAUCCUGGACUGAGUGGAGUGAUUGCUCUGGGUGCAGAGGGCAAAAGCGCCGUCAUCGGUCCAUCAUGAAGCUGCCAGAUACUUUUGGUCGGCAGUGUGCAGCAGCCAAGUUAAAGGAAACGACGGCCUGUUCGCAAGAUGGCUGCUAUCAGAAGCCAUCCUACUGUGCUUGGACACAGUGGACUGGUGCAACAUCCUGCUUCGGCUAUGGGUCAAGCACGGCCAUGCGGAGUCGCGUCCUGACAGUGACAGAAGAUGAGCCGCUGGAAGGCGUAUUCUUCAACAUGCUAGGGGCGGACUCCAGUGCUUGCUCCAACAUCGCCCAGGUCAACGUGACUUGGUGCCCCGGGCGGAACUUAGACUGCUCCCCGGAGGACUGCAUCUUCGGCGCCUGGACCGAUUGGUCGCAGGCCACGCACUUCAUGUGCGAACGUCAUCGCCAAGUUGCCAGGAGGAACAACGAGUGUGGAGAGGCCUGCGUAGGAGCUCUUGAGGAGACCAAGGUCUGCGAAACCGAGGAGGUGCCCCGAGAUUGCCUCUUAGGAGACUGGCAGGAAUGGAGCUUCUGUGACACCGCCGACCCAACUGGCCAGAAGUAUCGGUUCCGCAAGAUCCUGCACGACCAGAAAUAUGGGGGUCUACCCUGUCGUGGAAGCCUGCACCAGACGAAGCCAUGCUCGAACAAGCAGGAGCCUGUCGACUGCGAGCUGAGCUCCUGGACGGAGUGGGGUUCCUGCAGCGAGUCCUGUGGCCGAGGCUGGCACACGCGAGAGCGCAGCGUGAUUGCGGUCCCGAUGGCUGGCGGGGAGCGCUGUGCCGACGACCUGGUGGAGAUGCAGCCGUGCUCAACUUAUUGUGAACAUGCCGUGCCCGUGGACUGCGAACUCACCGAUUGGUCUGCUUGGGGACACUGCGACGAGGAGGGGCAACGCUACAGGCAACGACAUGUUUUGACCUCUGCCGAGCAUGGGGGCGAAGGUUGCGACGGUAACCUCUUGGAGGCAGAGUCAUGCGACUUGUCCAAGAUCGACUGCGAGGUCUCUGAUUGGGUCGAGUGGAGCGAUUGUGACCGCAGCUGUGGUACAGGUCAGCUGAAGAGGCAGAGACAGAUCAUACAGUUUCCCCGCAAUGGUGGUGAGCUUUGCCCCAGCCAGAUGAUCCAGACCACCGGCUGCAACUUGGGCUACUGUCCCACGAAGAACUGCGAGGAGUCUCAGUGGUCUGAGUGGGGCGGCUGCUCCGUCUCUUGUGGUGUCGGAGAGGAGAAGAGGGAGCGGACGGUUCUACAACUCCGAUCCUCUGGAGGAGAAGGCUGCGACAGUGCCGUGUCAGAAAGCAGACCUUGUCACCAGGGGAUUCCUUGCAGCGUCCGGCCCUGCAAGAUGUCUGACUGGAGCUCAUGGGGCGAGUGCAGUGUCACCUGUGGAUCGGGACAGCGCGGUCGAACUCGGAACGUCACGCCGCCCGAGAACGGUGGAGAGUACUGCGAGCCUGCCUCCCUGUCGGAGCUGGAGGGCUGUAAGGAGCGAUCCUGCGUCAAGCAAGUCUGUGUUGAUGGAGAGUGGGGCGAUUGGGAGGAGUGGUCCCCGUGCGAUGUCUCCUGUGGAGGCGGCACCACCUUCCGAAGACGCCACAUGGCCGUGGCCGCCAACGAGUGCGGAAAGCCGGCGGAGGGCCUGAGCAGAGAGGAGGCUUUCUGCAAUGUGGACCAUUGUCAUGCGGCGCGAGAUUGUGUUCUCUCCGAGUGGUCCGAUUGGACUACAUGCUCAGCAACUUGUAACGGCAAUCAGAAGCGGGAGCGAUCCAUCAUUCAGCACGGCAGAUCUGGUGGAGUGCUCUGUGAUGGCGAUAUCCAUGAGACACAGCCUUGCAACCCUGGCCUCUUUGAUCCCUACCCCGACGGAUGUGGGCAGGAGGAGACAAAGGACUGCGAGAUGGGCAAUUGGACCGAAUGGUCCGAGUGCAGUGCUACCUGUGAUGGUGGCGCCAAGGUCAAGAGGAGGGCGAUCGUUCAGCACCGCGCCAACGGCGGAAGACCUUGCACAGGCUCCCUCACCAAGAUCGAGGGCUGCGCGGAGGACCAGUGCGAGGGCGGCGACCCGGUAGCCUGCGAGUUUGGCGACUGGAGGGACUGGAGUGCCUGUGACCAGUGUGACGGAGAGCGCAAGCGGAAGCGCAACAUCAAGCAGUAUGCCUUGAAUGGCGGCAGCAAUUGCGAUGCUUUCGCAGGGGAGGAGGUGGACAAGUGUCCUCGGUCCUGUGUACCUGGGUUUUGCACUUGGAGCACUUGGGGAAGUUGGGGCUCCUGCCAUGGCUGUGGCCGAAGCGCCCGCCGGGAGCGAACGCGAGAGCUGAGGGCUACGGAGAACGCGGCCAUGCGACAGCCUCCCCUCAGCGAGACCCGAGUCGAAAGACUUACCCUCCACCACAGUGAGGUCACAGCUGCGCAAGACGGCUACACCGCAUUAGUGGCGGAGGUUGGCGCCUUGCGGAGCGCCCGAGACCACAAACUGACGCUGGCAUUCGGGCUUGGCCUCGUGACGGUACCUUUGGGUUUCGCUUUCCUUCGACUGCUGCCUCUUCGACUUCGUGCCAGAAGAAGUGGAUACUCGUCCUUGCUGCCAGCGGGAGCCGAAUGA